CUCUCUGUACUAAUCCGCGUUUCUCCCAAUGGUGAUAUGUCCUCGGCUUCCUCCUAUGCACAAACUGUGACUUGUGUUUAUUCUCAAUGGGCAGCAAGGGAAAUUCUAUGUGAAAGAAACUACAUGGAGGUUUCCGUGAGACGAGGCAUACCACUUAUUGACCCAAACGUUGCUCAAGAUGAGCCUGACUGGGUUAACAUAUAUCCUGAGGCAACUGCUGCUGACAAUGCAAUCUGGCAAGUAGUGUUUCAUCUGGCACAAAAUAAAAAGAAAGAGAUGACUGUUGCUCAGGCCAUGUUGAGUGGUUAUGGAAUAAACACUACCCCAACCAGAGUUAUGCUAAGAGCUGCCUACAAUGCAACAGAAACUCAGCCUCAGCUAAUCCAAACUGUACCAAUGGCAGUCCUAAGGUCAACUACCUUCUAUAAGCAAAGAUGGAUGGUCUUGAUGGUGGACACUGCAAUUGCAUGCCCUACUGAUGGUACAUCAUUCACAGAGGAGAUGAUUGCAUGGAAAGUUCCCCGUGUCAUACCUCCCCUUGUUCCUACAGCACCACUUACUAGCCUCAGUGUUCAAAUGGGAAUUGAUGGGCGCAAGCUUGACCCGGCAACAGUUAGUAAUAGAAGAUAUGUACUGGAUGUGGGUCCUGAGCUAAUCACGGUUAAAAUUCCAGUGGGCGCAGAUGGUGGAUAUUAUAAGAGUGAUGUCUUGAACAACACCUAUGCGAUUUCUUAUUCUAUUGCUCCAAUGCUGGAGCAUACCUGGCAGGAUGUGACUGAGAAGACCAAGCACACUAUACUUCACCCAAUAACCACUCCUUUGAUGCCUAGGCCACCUUUUGUCAUAAACAACACUGUUCCUAAAGACCGAGUGUUCAAUGUGACCCUGGGGAUAUUCCUGCCUGAUGUGGAUCUUGUCGACAUUACAUUUGGACUUGAGACUUUGACUGUGCCAGAAGCCAAUCUGAAAGGGUAUAAUAUCCAGGAGCACGUCUUUCCCAAUGGAUCCAAGACCUACACGCUCCAGGUGCCAUUUGUGGACCCCAAUGUAAAGAAAGAGGUAACUCCUCCAGACACCAGAACUUAUAUUCUACCCCUGACCUACUUGCUGAAUAUUGUGCCAGAGAACAAGCCUUUUACCUAUCCUGCUGAAGUGCAAGCCUCUGUGAAAGAU